GAGUGCUCCUUUGUCCGGACCCACUUUUUAUUAUGGGUGGCUGUCCACCAACUGACGGACUUCUGAUUCUUUUACAGUGCCAUCAUUCCAUGAUGGGAACUCACAUCACUAAUGAGUACUGAGUCUUUCAUCACAGGGACACAUCAACAUCUGAUUCCGUCAGCAGAUUAUGACCAUGUCAAGUCUGGAACCAGAUGUCUCCGAGAAGCCAGACUCUCCAAGUCUUGACCAUGGAAUCAAUUUGGAGUCUGGCCAGACUGGCAUCCUACGCGACACUCCAGCGGACAUAGGUGCCACAAGCAAGGAAUACGAAAGCAAGCAGUCCUACAUCCAGGGUCUCAGGUUGAAUCUAAUAAUCGCUGCGGUUUGCUUGUGUUUGUUCCUCACGAAUCUGGAGAUUCCAAUAGUCACCACUGCUUUGAUCGGAAUUACCGAUGACCUCGGAGGGUUCAGCAAGGCUAGUUGGAUGAUAUCGGCAUACCUUCUCGGUUAUGUUGGCGUACUCAUCAUAUUCGCAAAGUUCAGCGACAUCUUCGGAAGAAAGUCGAUGCUCUUGCUGGCCGUUAUCAUCUUUGGCGUCUUUUCAGGAGCCUGCGGGGCUGCUCAGACCAUCGACCAACUUAUCGUCUUCCGGGCCUUUCAAGGAAUUGGCGGAGCGGGAAACUAUUCCAUAUCUACUGUGAUAUUGAUGGAGCUUGUGCCGUCUGAAAAAUACGCCGGAUUGACCACUUUCGUAUCUGUAUUCUACUCGUUGUCGUUGCUGCUAGGCCCUGUUUUGGGAGGGGUCAUUAGUGAAAACACGACAUGGAGGUGGAUAUUCCUGCUGAAUGUGCCCGGUGCGGCAUUGGCCGCGCUGAUUAUUAUCUUUGCCAUGCCAAACGGGUUUCCGCACCACGGAGUGCCGCAGGACGAAAGGCCGAGUUCCCCCCGAGUAUCAGCCGGGAGUGUCUUUCAGCGCCUCGAUCUUGUCGGCGCCAUUCUGCUUCUCAUUGCUACAUUGUUCCUCGUGGCAGCGCUGGAGGAAGCAGACGUCAACUACCCAUGGAGGUCGCCUUUCGUGAUUACAUUGUUGACAAUCUCUGGUAUUUGCUGGAUGGCUUUCCUCUUAUGGUCUCGUCGCAUCACCCUUCGGCAGCGGUCAGAAGUCCGUGAGCCUGUAUUCCCUUGGCGAUUCGCCCAGAAUCGUGUUCUGGUUGGCAUGUUAUUGAGUGCGAUCUUCCUUGGUGGACCAUGGUUUUGCGCCAUCUUUCAGCUCCCGCAGCGGUAUCAAAUCGUGAACUCCUUGCAACCACUUGACGCCGGAGUCAGACUCAUACCAUUCACGCUCGCCGCGCCAGUCGGUUCUAUAGUUUCCGCAGUGCUGGCGAAGGCCGCUAAGAUCCCUCCACUAUAUCUCGUUAUUUUCGCUGCGGUGCUACAGGUCAUCGGGUUCUCACUUCUGUCGACUAUUCCGGAAUCGACUCAUAUCAUUGCCGCACAGUACGGGUAUCAAAUCAUAGCUGGCUUCGGAUGCGGCAUCAAUAUUUCACUCUUCCUUGUGAUGACACCAUUCCGCGUCCAGGAACGUGAUAAGGCGGUCGCAUUAGGAUCAGUUGGUCAGUUUCGAGUCAUGGGGGGCGUGAUUGGUCUCGCUAUUAUUACAAGUGCCUUCAAUGGCCUGGUAAGGGGCCAACUCAACGAUCUGAUUCCUGCAUCAGAGCUCGAGACACUUCUGAAAUCGCCCGAAACAAUUUCCUCAUUUGCCCAAGACGUCCAACAAAUCAUCCGAAAGACGUUCGCUGAGGGAUACACUCUACAAAUCAAAAUCUUGGCGGGUCUAGCGGCAGGACAAAUUCCAGCCGCCCUGCUGAUGUGGGAAAAGGACCAAAUUAGGGUGUGAUCAAAUGUCAAGUUCCUCAUAUGAAGCCCUAUGCUGCGAUCCUACGAUUUCUGGAACGAGUGCUAUGGUUCUAUCAAAUUGUAUAUAUCUAGGUGGAAUGACAGGAAGCCGCAAAUUUGUGGAACUUCCCGUUGAUGGAUGCUUAAAACCGGUAAAUCUCGGUUCUGCUCACCCAUUGGAGGCGUAGGGGGCGGUCGACGAAGGUCUGACCCUCGGUUAUUCAACCAAACGCACAGUUCGACGCGCGGAAGAGGGCAAUGGCAUAUCCACGCCCAAGACCGCUUAGAAUUCAUAUCAAAGCCCACGUGGUCUUCA